GGUGGUCUUGCGAUUUUAGCGGGGAUGCUGGCCACCAAACUGCCAGAAACGCACGAAAUUAAGUUGCCGGAAACUGCCUUAGAAGCCGAAGAACUUUAAUUAUAAAUACUGUCUAAAAUGAACUGCCGUGAAUAUCUCAGAAGCGCUGGGCUUCAUCCACCAGUAGCCGUUCUGCCAAGGAUGUGCACCAAGAACUACACAAUACCCGGUACCCACGUGGAAAAAAAAGGAACGAUAAUAGAAAUUUCUGUACUGGGACUGCAAACAGAUCCCGAUUUUUUCUCCGAUCCGGACAAAUUCAUCCCGGAAAGUUUUGACGACCAGAACAAAUCCAACAUCGUAGAUUACACCUCUACCUUUUGGCGAAGGAAUCAGGAUAUGCUUGGGAAGGUCGCGGCGUAUAUAAUAUCAACGGUCGCGUCUCCGAAUCAUCACAAGAUGUCGGCGUUGCUAGUCUCCGCUGUGGUGCUGAGCGGCUUAUAUUUGCUGCUGAAAUUUUACUCCGAUUAUCUGCACGGCUACUGGAAAAGACGCGGAGUGCCCCAGCUCGAUCCCGAACCGUUGUACGGAGACAGCAAACAAGUCGUGAGAAAUGACAAGGCCAGGCAAGACGUGUUCCUGGAUUUUUACUCCAGAUUCAAGCGCAAGAACGCCAAGUACGGAGGAGUGUACCUCAUGUAUAAGCCGAUUUUCGUACCCAUCGAUCCUUCGAUUGUCAAGCGCAUACUGACUACAGAUUUCGAGCAUUUCAUAGCGCAUUCCAGGGAAUUCCACCACGAGAACAUCCUUAGCGCUAACCUGUUCAACAUGCAAGGCGACCCUUGGCGUCAGUUGCGACGGAAGUUGACGCCCGUAUUCACUUCCGGCAAGAUGAAGAUGAUGUUCGAGGUGAUCGCGGAAAAAGCCGCCGGCCUCGUGGCUUUGGUGGACAAAGAGGUGAACAAAGGAGGCGUCGACAUUAAAGACAUAUUGGCGAGGUUCACCACCGACAUCAUCGGAAGCUGUGCGUUCGGCAUCGAAUGCAACUCAAUGGACCAUCCUGAUACGGAGUUUCGAAAGUACGGCGACAUCCUGUUUACGCCCAGGACGGAAAUCCGCAAUCUGUUUCAAGUGUUGGCGGCUGCUCUAAUAGACGAGAGGUCGCGCGGAAAUCAUGGCGCGAAGCUCAUCGAAAACUUCUUCGUUAGGAUUGUGAAGGACACCAUCGAAUACCGCGAGAAGAACAAUAUCUUCAAGAAGGACUUCAUGCACCUCAUGAUCCAGCUAAAGAACAGGGGAUAUUUGAGCGACGACGGGAAACUCCUCAAAACGGAGGACGGAAUGGGGGCGGACACCCUCACUGAGUUUGAGGUGGCCGGCCAGUGCGUGCUCUUCUUCUUAGCGGGAUUCGAAACCUCGGCGACCACCAUGACGUACACUCUGUACGAGCUCACUCAAAAUCCCGAAGUGCAGGUGAAAAUAAGGGAGGAGGUGGACCGGGUUUUGAGGAACCACGGAGGGAAGUUGACCUACGACGCCGUUAUGGAUAUGAAAUACACCGAACGUGUGAUUCAAGAAGCGCUGAGGCUCCAUCCACCCGUUGCCGUUCUUCCACGAAUGUGCACCAAGAGCUACACCAUACCAGGCACCGACGUGGAAAUAGAAAAAGGCACUUCGAUAGAAAUUCCUGUAUUGGGACUGCAAACGGACCCGGAUUAUUUCCCGGAUCCGCACAAAUUCAUCCCGGAAAGGUUCGACGAAGAAAACAAAUCCAACAUCGUAGAUUACACGUAUUUGCCCUUCGGUGAAGGGCCUCGCAUGUGCUUGGGUCUGAGGUUUGGAAUGCUACAAAGUAGAGUUGGUAUUGCAACGCUGCUGCGGAGAUACAGUUUCAGUUUGAACGAGAAAACGCGAGCGCCGAUAGGCAUUCAGAGGGGAGCGUUCAUCACUGCAAUAGACGGAGGACUAUGGCUGAAUAUUGCUAAGAUAAACAUAUAUCAACUUACAUAUAAGGCAGAUUGGGUUCAGCGUGCGUCUUUAAAGUUCGAAGCAACUGGGUCGACAAUGUGGCUAAUCGCGGCUGCGAUUUUAUCGGCUUUAACAGCGACGCUCUACUAUUAUUCGGAACACUUGCACUCCUACUGGAAGAGGAAAGGCGUGCCGCAACUCAAUCCGGAGUUUUUUUACGGAGACGCGAGGGGAUUGGUCAGGAUCGAAAAGUCCAAAGCCGAAACCUUCCUCGCCAUCUACAGGGAGUUCAAAAAGCGGAAAGUCAUCCACGGCGGCGUCUAUCAGCUUUAUUUGCCGAUCUACGUGCCGAUAGCUCCUUCCCUGAUCAAAAACAUUAUGCUGAGGGAUUUCGAGUACUUCAGCACUCGUACCCCGGCGAUCACCCAUCAGGGAAUAUUCAGGCACAACCUGUUCCAUUUGGACGGUAGCAAAUGGAGAAACCUAAGACGCAAGCUGACCCCUACCUUCACCUCCGGCAAAAUGAAGAUGAUGUUCGAUAUCCUGCUGGAAAAAGCGGACGUGCUCAGAGAAAUAGUGCUGAGCGAAUGCCAGGGGGAGGCCGACGUAGGUGAAACCCUACGCCAAUUCACCACCGACGUUAUUAUCAGCUGCGCGUUCGGUUUGGAGAGUAACACGUUGCGUGGGCGUGACAACGAGUUCCGGAACUUCGGAGACGUGAUCUUCAAGCCCUCGCAGGUUAAGAAGAACGUCUUGGACAUCAUCAAAGAGUACCUGCCACACCAACGGGCUCAAAACCUGAAAGACCUGGAGAACUUCUUCCUCGGUUUGGUGAAACAGACGAUGGAUUAUCGCGAGAAGAACAACGUCUACAGGAAGGACUUUUUGCACCUGCUCAUCCAGUUGAAGAAUCGCGGCGCGAUCAGCGAGGACGCCGAUCUGUUUCGGUCUGAAAACGCGGGCGCCGACACUCUGACGGAGUUCGAGAUCGCUGCUCAGUGCCUGAUAUUUUUCCUGGCGGGUUUUGAAACGUCCGCCAACACCAUGACGUUCGCUCUCUACGAGCUCGCCCAGAGGCCUGACGUUCAAGAUAAGAUCGGUGACGAAGUCAACCGAGUCUUGCGGAAAUAUGACGACAAACUCUCGUACGACGCUUUAAUGGAGAUGACGUAUACGGAAAACGUUCUACUAGAAACCUUGAGGCUGCACCCGCCGCUCACAGCGAUCCCCAGAGUUUGCACCAAGGACUACCACGUUCCGGAUACCGAAGUGGUGAUAGAAAAAGGCACGCAGGUCGAAAUUCCGGUGUGGGGUGUCCAUCUUGACCCGGAUUACUUCCCCGACCCGGAAACCUUCGACCCGGACAGAUUCGACGAAACCAACAGAUCCAAAAUACCGGAUUUCACGUUUUUGCCGUUCGGCGAGGGACCUCGCAUAUGCAUAGGGAUGCGAUUUGGUCUGAUGCAGAGCAAGAUCGGGUUGGUAUCACUGCUUAAGGAUCUAAGGUUCGCCUUGGGCAAAAACACGGUCCUGCCAAUUGAACUGUUGAACAACGAGUUCGUGAUGGGAGUGAACAGCAAACUUCUAUUCAACGUUACUAAGGUUGCGUAAAUCGCUGCUUUUUUAAUGAAUCUAGGGACGAUGUAUUGUAUUAGGAAAACGUUUGGUUAAGGUGAAAACUGUUUUAAGACCGAGAAAAAUUCAAAUCAUUUAAUGCUGUUUUCGUUCUAUCUCUCCAAGGAAAGUAAUAAUAAUCGUUAGAGGUUAUGGUCCUGGUUCUUCCACGUUUGCUGAUCUGUAUUUGUCAAUGACGUCAUCGAGAUUUUUGUCAAAUAUCUCGUGAUAUUUGACAUGUAAAAAAAACCCGUAAAUACAAAAAUUGUAGCUCGCGAUGUGGCCUAUAAUAAUAUUAUACCAAUUACACAUAUUUUUCACGAAUUUUGAAAUACAGUUAAUAAUUUACUUUGGAAAAGGACAAUUUUCAGGGUAUUUUAGAUUUCUGUCUACAAUUGGGCUCACAGUUUUCCAGAAAAUAAUUCUAAAAAUAUAUUUUUUUAAAUACUUAGCAAUAUUUGAUCCGGCCAAACUUUUGCAAUUUAGAUGAGGGUACGGAUUUCUACCCCUCUAUCAAAUUUGAAGCCAGUAACUGUAAAUUUGAGGUACCUAUCAGGUUGCUUAGUUGAACCAAAGAUAUUUAAAACACCCUGUCCAAUAUAUGAAAACUUUAAAUAUAAAAGUUUUGCAGCUCCAUGCGGGCUGUAUGGCCAUGUGAAGGAAACUAACAACUAAAAUAUAGCCUUCUAGUUAUAUCCAAUUUUUUGCGACAUACCCUGUACAUUCUCGAAAAAUCAACAACAAUAAAAAUUUUCGUCAGGACGCGUCUGAUAAUUUUUUAGACUGCAUUAACCGCUUUCGAGAAAUGCCAUUUAAAAAAAAAAAAUUAAAAAUACUUCCCGACUCCUUCAGCUCCAUCAAUUGCAAUAAGUUCCGUUGGGAGACUAAGCUCCAUACGCGUGUCAUAUGUCGAAAAAAAGAGCCAAAAAGAACAGACAAUUUUUUUAUUUUUCAACUAGGGUAGAAAUCUUUCAAAAAAUUUUCGAUUUGUAUAUAAUACCAAAAAAUCCCAGAAGUAGGGGUCAUAGCCCUAGAUAAUAGUAAUAAUAAUAAUAACUUAUUGCAGUCAAUACAAAAACAAGUGUAAUUGACGAUAUCACAAAAAAAACAAUUUUUUUAAAAGAAAAAAAUACGCAAUUACAUUCCGAUCCUGCUAGUGACGAAAAAGGUUCAAGGAUAUGCAGAAAAACAUAUAGGUAAAACCAUUUUAUAAACCAGAUCUAAGGCACAUUCGUCAUAUCUUUUCUUAGUCUUUUUCACAUCAGCAACAGAUCAACUUUGCUUAAAUAUAUUUGCUAGCGCUUCUAAUUAAUGGAAUGUUUAAACACUUCUUCUGAAACAAUACAAAUAAAUGUUCUAAAAUUAAAAAGAUCACUUUACUUAAUAGCAAACAAUAACGAACAAAAAAUAUGCUUUAUUUUUAAAGCCAGAAAAGGUUCUUUAUUCAAUUUGACAAACUUUCUUUCAUUCAUAAGAAAUAUGAAGAUAAAAAAAACUAAAUGUUAAUUACAAAGUUAGCAAACAAUCAACACAAAAUAGCAUUAUUACAAAUGCGAGACUAUGUAUCCAAAUGUCAAAUAUAUAUUUUUUACACGAUAGCGGAAAUAUUUAACAUGUAGCUAACAAAUGAUUAACUUAUUUCUGUGCUCUGCUUGAACUGUUAAUAAUUUUUAAAUGUUGUAAUAUUUAAGAUAAAAAAUGAUUUUCAGCAAUUAUUUAAAACGUUAGAAAUUUUUAUAGAAACCGAGUUUAAAAAUUCUUGACAAUUAAGGCGUUAUUUUUUUUUAGUAUUAAACGCAAAUAAAAUUGACGUAAUAUGUACUUUAAGUGAUUGUUAAAACUCACUAGAUGGACGAAACCAAUGCAAACACAGGUGCGUUAAUCACGUUUAGAUUUGUGCAAUUAUAACGAAACGUGUGAACCGUUGGACUCACUUAUCGUAGUUUUAGAUGCCGAUAAACUGUAGCGACGAAUGCGAUAAGACGCAGCUCGUUACCUAGGAAAACGGAUAAUAAUAAAAUGUUUGUAUAUCGAUAUUAUUUAAUGAAUUGCUGUUACGUCCGUAAUAAAUAUCUUUUAUAAACUAUACAAAAAAAAACAUGGAAAAUAACUAAUCAUCAAUCAAAAGUAUUAAAAAAAUUAACAUCUAUACAAUCGAAAAAUAUCCUUUUAAUCCUUUAAUGAAAAUAUUGUUUCACUUUUUAAACUUGCAAGUGCAGAAUUAAAUUAAUUUUGUAUAGAUAGAUAGAUAGAUAGAUUCAUUUAUUGACUACGUUUCGUACAAAAGGGACGUACCAUUGUAGCAAGUCAGAAGUGAUAUUCAAGUGCAAUAAAAUCAAAUUAAUAAAUAACAUAAAAACACACAUCUAAUACAAACAAAAUUAGACAGUACUAUACAGUUUUAUAGCGCAUCGAUACCAGUGACAGUGUCAAUGUAUCCUCGCAGGGAGUAAAAACAAUGACGUUGUAGGAAAUCUUUAAUAGUAUGUUUAAAUUUUCUAUUGCUCAUCUUAUAUCACUUAUUAUUCUAGUUUUAUAGUUAAGAACCUGAUUAGUAAUUACUAAAUAUGUAUUUGUUAUUCAAUGUUAAUUCGUAAUAUUGCAUAUAAGUUUGC